AUGGAUUGGUCCUGGAAGACAGCACUCGUGACAGGGGGAGGAUCGGGCAUUGGCAGGCAUAUCUCCCUCGCUUUGGCUAAGAAAGGUUGUAAAGUGACGGUGGUGGAUAUCAGUGAAAAUGCUGCUUCAUCCACGGUGAGGCACACGAUCAUCCAUUCUUCGAAGCAGCGUGGAGGAGAGGCAGAGGCAGCACAGUGUGAUGUGAGAGAUGACUCAGCACAGCAGGCGGUGUUCGAGUUCCACCACCGCAAUUUCGGGCGACUUGACUUUGCCAUCAUCAAUGCUGGUAUCUUUGAGAAAGGGGACUUUGUGGAAUCUGAGGGUACUGACUGGCAGACAACGCUGGACAUCAAUCUGAGGAGUGCCCUGGUGGGCACGCGGUUGGCUGCCCAGACCAUGAUCGGGCAGCGCACAAAAGGGGUCAUUCUGCUCAUGGCGUCUGCAGGCGGCCUCUUUCCCAUGCCCAUUGCGCCAGUGUACGCAGCUUCAAAGGCGGGUUUGGUGCAUUUCACGCGCUCGAUCGCGCCAAAGUUGGCGGGACAGGGGGUGCGGCUGUGCGCGGUUGUUGAGCCAGAAGCCUGCGCUGCUUGGGUUGCUGGAAGGCAUGGGUACAAUAGUCAGGGACUUUUGCAAUUGGCAAGCUCUGACAGCAUACAAUCAUCAAGAGGAAAGGUUGUAAAAUUGUGCCCAUGCAAUAAAAUCCUGGCUCCUGUGCACACAUUGUCGACAGACUUCCGGGCGGCUACGCGGAUAGCGCGUGAGCCGCUGCCGCCGCAGCUGCCGCCGGGGCACAUUCUGGUGAGGCGUGCCUAUGCGGGAGUCAACGCCUCCGACCUGAACUACACCGCCGGCCGCUAUUUCGGCAGCGCCGCGGCGGCCGAGAAGCGGCUGCCGUUCGACGCUGGCUUUGAAUCUGUCGGCGUCGUUGCAGCACUCGGCCCGGGGCUGAGGGUGGGGGAUCCAGUGGCGGAGAUGGCGUACGGGGCGUUCAGCGAGUGGGGCAUCGUGCCGGCCAAGCAUGCGAUGCCCGUGCCUGUUCUGGCGCCCGAGGUUAUUGCGCUGCUCACCUCCGGCCUCACUGCCUCCAUCGGGCUGGAGCAGAUGGGGCGGAUGAGGGGCGGGGAGACAGUGUUAGUAACAGCGGCGGCCGGUGGCACGGGGCAGUUUGUGGUGCAGCUGGCCAAGGCGGCAGGGAACACCGUCGUUGCCACGUGCGGCUCCGAUGACAAGGCCGCGUUGCUGCGGCGGCUGGGCGUAGAUCGCGUCGUGAACUACAGGAAAGAGAACCUGAAGGACGUCCUCAGACGGGAGUUCCCAAAGGGGAUCGAUCUGAUAUGGGAAAGCGUGGGCGGGGAGAUGUUCACGACCUGCUCGCGCGCUCUGGCACAGGGGGGCCGGCUCGUGGUCAUCGGCAUGAUGUCCCAGUACAGCGACGGCUGGGCGCCCUCCAAGGUGGCGCCGGGCCUGCCAGAGCUGCUGCUCUGGCGCAGCGCCACUGUGGCGGGCUUCUUCCUGCUGCACUACGCGGCGAUGUACAAGAAGCACCUCCAGAAACUGGUGGCCGCCUGGCGCGCUGGCAAGCUGCAUGUUGCUCUCGACUCUGGCAAGUUCAGGGGCUGCGAGCAGGUGCCCGCUGCCCAAGACAGGCUGCAGUCCGGGCAGAGCAUGGGCAAAGUGGUUGUUCAGCUGUCAGCCGAUCUGCCGCCCUCUUUGAAUGAAGCAACGGCCAAGCUGUGAGCAGAUGGGGAGGAGAAACUCUUGCCUGCAGCGUAGCCUUCAGUGAAUGUGAUCUCAUUGAAUUCAUAAACCUCAUGGAAUGGCAGAUAGGGAUAGCAAUGGGCAGGUGCUAAAACAUGCCCAGAACCGCAAUAAAGAUUGACUCGUAUGAACCGCCAUGACUUCUGGCAGCACUACAUCAGGAGAUG